AGGAAAGUACACUCAGACAAGGACAGUAAGGUAGCCUCAACAAGACUGCGAUAAUUUCGCCAUCAACCAGCUUUCUAUUCUGCAAUCUCAGCAUCAUGAGAUCAACUAUCUUUACAUCACUGAUCGCGUUGGCGGCGGCGAUGACCACGGGAUCGCCCGUUGCUCGAGCCAAGAAAUCUCCCUAUUUCUUCCUUAUCGGCGACUCCACUGUCGCGAUCAACGGCGGCUGGGGUGACGGUUUCUUGUCUUACCUCAAAGACCCCACGAAAGGCGAGAACAGGGGGAAGAGCGGCUCUACGAACGUCUCUUGGAAGUCGAACGGCCGCUGGGCUUCGCUUUUGCAGGGUAUCAAUGACACGAAGGCCGAUUACGAGCCCAUUGUGACUGUUCAAUUCGGUCACAAUGACCAAAAGAGUCUUACCUUAAACGAGUUUCGGGCCAAUCUGGUUGCCAUUGCUGCCAAGCUAAAGGAUGCUGGGGCGACUCCGAUUUUCAUCACGUCUCUCACUCGCCGUCGCUUCGAAAAUGGUGAAGUGGACCAAGACCUUGCUGACUGGAGGGGCAAGACGAUCGCAGCGGCAAAGGCCAGCAGCAUUAAGUGGCUUGAUCUUAACCUAGCGAGCACCGACUACGUCAAUGCCAUUGGAGAGGAAAAUUCCCAGUAUUACAACCUGGCGAGCACCGAUAGAACCCACUUGGGUGAAGCUGGCAAAAUCGUGUUUGGUCGCAUGGUGGUCGACCUCUUAUUGGAGAAACGAAGUGACUUAGACGCCUACUUCAGCGCCGACGAGGAGAUUUCUGACGCUAUUGCGAACGGCAAGUUCACUACUGGGGGCAAGUGAACGGUCGGCGACGAUGGACAGACAAAUGCCUUGCAGAGUUGUUAGAGAGUAGAAUGGAAUUGGUACGGUGUAAUGUUCCGUGUGAAUAUCAUUCGGAGGGCGACUAAUAGCAUGGUGGUUGAAUGUCGAGGCCCAGAUUGCAUACAUUACCUCAGCGCAUAAUUCUGGAGCGAGAAACGUCUUGUUCAAGAUGCACUAGAGCUUCCAUAACAAUGGUACAAGGAUGAGGUGAAUAUCUGAAGAUAGUAGUAAAACACUACCAAUCUCAAAUGUUUCACGAAAUCCGUCGUGAGCUCGGAAGCGGUGUAUCAUGAAGUCGAGCAAGCGAUCGUGCUCCCAGGAUGAUGGACCUGGGAUUCCAGGGCCAUGGGAUUGGUGAGUGGGGCGGACGAAGAAACAUCGCCAAACAAAGUGGCCCGAAUUGGAAGGUCGUCAAUGAUCUGCAAGAAGGACGUUGAGAUGGUUAUCAACACGAAAU